GGGAGAGGGAGUUGGCUUGGGAGAGGAUGAAAUCGAAGGCGUCGUGAUAUUUGGGUGGGUGGUGUUGAUUCGGAGGUAGUGUUGGAAUCUUGAUAUGAUCGCGCAUGAAUCUUCCAAUGCUAUCAGUCAACAAAAGUAGAGAGAAAGUAAAAUGAAUAAGACGAUAGCAACUGUAGUGGUUGUUUCUGAAACUCAUCUGAGUCAUCUCCAUUUCGUUUGAUUCUCUCAAUCAGUAUCACCUCCCUUCAAGUUGAGACAGCUUGGGGAAUUCACCCCCCAUACCAUCUUAUAUCCAACAUUUUAAAAUUUUGGUGCAGUUGCAGUCCACAGAAGAGUCGCCGUAACACCAGAACAGAGGUGCAGAAGUUGGGAUUGGAGAUGGAAUGGGAUUUCUUGAUUUAGGGGAGAAAUUGUUGGACAGUUGGGUUGGAGCUGAUUGACGAGUUCUUGAUGACUUAUUUAUAUAUCUCAUAAUUUCUCGGGGUGUUAUAUAUAUAUAUAUAUAUAUAUAUAUAUAUAUAUAUAUAUAUAUAUAUAAGUAUUUUAUGAUGAGUAAUGGUAAGCUUUUUUUUGUUUAAUUUUUUUUUUUUCUUUUCUGAAAUUGGUGUGCAAUUGAACAGAGGCAAGUAAGGGCUAUUGCUCCUUCAAUCACACUCUCUGGAAACCAUUGUGGAACGUGGAAAUCUCUUAUAAUUUUGGGGGAAUCAUCCCUACCCAGAAACCCAUUCCGACAACAUGAAACCCAAUAGCGGUGGUGACUACUUUUAUUGGUGAGCUCAGUCAUACCCCCCGUAACUAUACAUCUUUAAUUCAAAUUUUAUGUUUAAAUUGCAUUUGAAUAUUUGUAUAGAGAAACAGUAAAGAGACAGAGAUAGUAGAUAGAGAGAUGAUAUAUAUGUGUGUGUGUUUAAGGGCAUUUUUGGUAUAAAGAAGGACAAUUUUGGUAUUUAAGUUCCUAAAAUAGUCGUGUGGAUGGCACAUGCUUAAUUAACGCCAUUUUUUGCAGGAAGUCUGACCAGAGGUCUUUAUUUGCAACAUUUUGACAUCUAAUAUGAAUUUAUAUACGCAAAAUAAACUAUAAGACUGUAAUGUGCACAAAAUGAAAAUCAUUGGGGUGUUUUAUGUUCUUUACCCAUUAACAAAUAACUAACACACACUUUGUAAAGUAAGGUUCAUUAGGAUGGUAUCAAUUUCAAUGUUUCAUCUGUUUCCUCUGAAGUUUAACACACUGUGAACAGCAUUGCCAUUUUUGUCAUCCGUGUGGGUCUCCUCAACCAAAUAAAGGUAAAUCAUUCAAUGAAGAAGAAUUUAAGACUUUUCUUUUUCUACGUGCACCUAUUCAUGUCAUGGAGAAAGACUUGACCCAAAUCUACCUUGAUGUGGGAAUCAUUGGAAGCUACAACAUGCAUUCACUGGUGGCGGUCAGUCUCAGUCCUUUUAAGUUGACGAUUAACGAAUGCAUUCAUUGUCAUUUCUUCUUUUUUUGUUGCAAACUUGUUUAGUUGUUGCCUUUUCUAUGGUCGAUCAAAAUAUCUUUCUUGUACUAGUCUAAUGUCUAUUAACGUUUGCUUUCAUUGUCUAAGUUAUAUAAUUUUUCUUUUUACGUUUCAUGUACAAUUCUGCUCUCCUAUUUUACCCGUCUGCCAUUCUAAGUUAAUUUUUCUACACUCUCACGUUUUGUGUGGACUUCUGCUCUCCUACUUCACCCGCUUGUCAUCCUAAGUUAAUUUUUCUAUGCUCUCACAUUUCGUGUGGGCUUUUGCUCACCCACUUUACCUGCCUUCUUACCCUUGCUCUAAUUCCAAGCAUGUGACUUAGAUUUUGGCGCAUGUAUUCCCACUCUGAUUUUAUAUGACUUAGCAAUAAACCAUGCUUCAGGACCAAUUAGUCUAUUAUCAAUGGUCCCUUUAGACUAGAUUAGAAUGAUCAUCCUAAAGAAUUGUAGUCCUUUGGAGCGGUAAGAUUAUUCAAAAGAGGACCUACCCACCAUCAUCUAUUAUUUAACAUCUUUAUUCCAUGUCUUUGAUGGUAAUUCACAAACCAAUAAGUUGAGGCAAUGGCUUGUGCUCUUCCUCAUCUCCUCUUCUUUCUAUUUCUGCUAACAUUUUCUGGUGUUGCUCAAACCAACGGUGCUAAUGUAUCUAUUGGCGCCUCUCUUUCUGCUGCUGCUGAGGCGGAUUCAUGGCUUUCUCAAUCCGGAGAUUUUGCAUUCGGUUCAAGGAAGUGGGCACCAAUCUUUUCUUGCUUUCCAUAUGGUAUGACAAGAUACCAGAAAAAACCAUAGUGUGGUAUGCAGAUGAAGGCAACACUAUCCCUAGAGGUUCCAAAGUUCAGCUUACUGCUGACAGAGGGCUAGUGUUUACUAACCCACAAGGCGACCAGGAAUUGGAGAAGGGAUAUGUGCUUACCUCUCGAAAAACGGAGCCUAGUUUCUCCGAAGGAAGGUUCCAACUCAGCAUGCUUGACAACGGAAAUCUUGUGCUCAGAACCAUAAACCUGCCUACAGACCAUCCUAAUGAACCUUACUUUACAAGCGGGACUCGGGAUGAUAAUGAUGCAUUGAAUGCAGGUUCCCGAUUCGUCUUCAAUCAAUCCGGAUACAUAUACGUGCUGAGAGCGAACGGCAGAAGUCCAUGCUCUCACAAGGAGGAAUUGUUUCAGCCACGGAUAACUUUCUCAGAGCAACUCUCAAUUUCGACGGUGUGUUCACAAAAUACUAUCAUCCCAAGAUAUCCAAUGGCAACGAAAGCUGGUCUGUGCUGUGGUCUGAACUGGAAAAUAUUUGCACAGCAAGUGUUGUGUCUGCAGGAAGUGGCACUUGCGGAUAUAACAGCCUUUGCCAGCUCAACACGGAUGGAAGGCCGUCUUGUUCGUGCCCACGAGGGUAUUCCUUACUUGAUCCAAGUGAUCAAUUUAGUGGCCGCAAACCGGAUUUCGCGCAGGGCUGCGAGGAUGACCAUGAACAACUAUAUGAUCUUGUUGAGCUAUCCAACAUUGACUGGCCAUUUUCUGACUACGUGCUGUUGGAGCCUUUCGAUAAAGAGGAGUGCAGGAAUUCUUGCUUGCGAGACUGCUUGUGCUCUGUUUCCAUUUACAGAGAUAAUAGCUGUUGGAAGAAGAGGAUACCACUCUCAAAUGGGAGAGUUGUUAGAACUGAAAGGAGCACGGCAUUUGUCAAAGUCAGGAAAGAUACUAAUUCUUCCCCACCGGGUCCUUGUCUUCCGGAUGAGAAGAAGCCGGUAAAGAAGUACGACAAGACUAAA